AUUGUGUCUCGCCCAAACUUAGCGGUGCUCACUCACAAGUAAAGUCAUGUUGCGCAUGCCAGAUCCCAAAAUCUUACUACCGCUACCUGGCGUAAUUCUACACACUCGUGGCCCUAGAGUCGUAGCUGAAUGUCUGCAACAGUCGUUCUUCGUACACACAUCUCGUGUCUAACCUAGCAAUGAAAGCCAGAGACUCUUUGGGUACGAAUAUCUCACUUCUUCCGAGCUAUCAUCUCGAGUCAGCUCCCGUAGAGGUCAUGCCUGAGAAUGGUUGAACCCGAGGAUCGAUGGCUAAAUACGGUAGGAGGCCGAUCGUCGCGGCCCCGCAGCGGAAUGCCGUUCUGCCAUAAGCAGCGCCGUAAGCUCGGCUUGUCACCCAAGAGAGGAAACCAGGGCAUAUGCGCCGCGAUGCCAUUUGGAAACCGAGUCCCUGAACCGCCGAUUUGACGACGCACAUAGCAGCCCGCUGCUCGGUCAUAUAUGCCGUCAUCAAAAGUAGGGGCAACGAUGCUUGGGAGUGUGAGAUAAGCUAUACAUGCUAGGGAGUUUGGACGAGUGGAAUUCAUUUUCGCCAUUAUUCGCAGCAUUCUGUUGGGUUUGAGAAAAUGACGUCGAUGCAGAUUUACGAGGGGUCUAUCCCCAAUCUCGAUGGGAAGAUUGCCGUCGUAACAGGAGGAUCAUCCGGCAUUGGUCUAGCAGUCGUCAAGUUACUGCUAGCCAAGGGAGCUGCGGCGGUUCAUGUCAUGGACAGAAACGAACCGAUAGAGAGCGGCUGGCAAUUGCGGCCAAACCUGCACUACCACAAGUGCGACGUUGCUUCAUUUGAGUCUCAAAGAGCCGUAUUCGAAGCUAUCGGUCCCGCGCACAUGGUGUUUGCCAACGCCGGUGUAGCCGAGACGUCUGAUUUCUUCGCCGACGCCGUCGAGGGUGACGGCAAGACGCUCGCGCCACCGGACUUGUUGCUAUUCGACGUUAAUGUUCGCGGCGUGUGGUAUACGGUCAAGCUGGCGUGGAGCUCAAUGCGCAAGCACAAGAUCCGUGGCAGCAUUGUCAUGACAGCUAGCACGACGGGCAUUGCGCCCGAGGCAGCGCUGCCCACGUAUUCAGCGCUCAAGCACGCGCUUAAUGGCCUCGUGCGGUCGCUCCGGAACACCAUCGUUCUCGACGGCGUCACUAUCAAUGCUGUUGCGCCUGCUGGUACGCACACGCCGCUCGUAGCAGGACAACUUGACCUGCUAGAUGCCACAGGCCUACCCAUCACGUCGCCACCCGAGCUGCCUGCGCUUGCUCUAGUCUACUCGGCGACCGCGAUGCAGGAGCGACGCGUCGAGACCUACGGCAAGGAGGACAAGGCAGAUCUGUAUAAGAAAGAGCGGUGGAAUGGGCGCAUCAUCUACGUGCUAGGUGAUAAGUUCACUGAGAUCGAGGGGCCGACGGCUGAUCUGCGCCCGUACUGGUUCGGACAGGAGAACCAUAGGCUGGUCAAUCUACAACAGGCGACGACGGACAUGCGCCAGGGUAUAAAUGAUUCCAGGUCAUAGAUACGUUCAAGAAACGUAUAUCAAGUACAGUAGUCGCUCUCAUACAUAUAUUAGAACAAGUUAGAUGUUGUACCAGCUGCCCGUCUCAUGACUCGGAUUUUUACUCCUUCAUGAGACCAUGUGAGAGACACCUAGUAUAUUCGUUCUACUUCGUG